AACCUCGGAAGCAAACCCAUAAAAUGAAUUCAGACUCGAGCGCAAGCAGCAGAGCCUCUUCGCCGGACAUGGACGUCAUGUCUCUGAGAGACCACCACCCACACCACCAUCAUCACCACGUCGGCUCUUCCGUGUCCUCGUCCACGCAAAGCGCCGAGUUGCGCCAGAAGCUGAGCGCCAGCGAGCUCCUGAGGUCCGGAGACCCCAAGUCAGUAGAGAGCAGCAGCAGCAGCAGUAGCAGCAGCAGCAGCAGCAGCAGCAGCAAGUUCAAACUCAAGAAGCAAGUCACCGAGGAGGAAAUGUACCACCUCCGUCUCAAGAUUAACGGCCGGGAGCGGAAGCGCAUGCACGACCUCAACCUCGCCAUGGACGGGCUGCGCGAGGUGAUGCCCUACGCGCACGGGCCGUCGGUGCGGAAGUUGUCCAAGAUCGCCACGCUGCUCCUCGCCAGGAACUACAUCCUGAUGCUCAACAGCUCCCUGGACGAGAUGAAGCGGCUGGUGGGGGACAUUUACGGAGGGCACAACUCGGCUUUCCACUGCGGCCCCGUGGGGCACGCCGCCGGCGCAGGUGGACACUCCGGGGGCCCCGCCGCAGCCGCGGCCGCCGCCGCCGCAGCCGCCGCCGCAGCCGCAGCCGCCGCGCACCAGGUGCACCCUCUCCUCGGGAGCGCGCUGACGACCUCCACGUCCUCCACGCUUUCGAGCGCGCUGCCGGGUCUCACGUCCAUCCGAGCCCCCCACCCACUGAUGAAGGGCUCUCCGGCUGCGCCCCCGACUCUGCAGCUGGGCCCCGGUUUCCAGCAUUGGGCCGGACUGCCGUGUCCCUGCGCCAUCUGCAGGUGCCGCCUCCUCCACACAUCCCAAUCAGCACCGCCGGCCUCACGAGACUCACAGUCGAGGAGAAGGAGCUGAUGAAAUGAGACGCGCGCGGACUGGACGGUGUUUGUAGAUAGAGAAAUCAGGGCAUGAGGGUGGCUUUGGCAUUACUUGUGCAUGUUGUUGUGUAGUCUGUUUUCUUGUCGGGCGUAUGAAAAGAAGAAGAAGAAGAAGAAAAAAAUACGCGUUAUUUUUCUCCUUGUAACAAGGAAUUGAUGAGUUUUCCACUUGACGGUGAAAAGUUGUGGGUGACGCAAGACAAAGACUUGAGUUUCGGUUUAACGCCACAGCGUGAAAGGGAAGGAGGCUGCAUGGAAAUGUUGAUUUCAUUUGACUUUUUUUUUUUUUUUGUAUCAGGCGUUAUUUUGUGAAAACGAAGAAUGCUCUCUGUGCCUUGUACCAAGGAUGUUAAACAAGGAUGUUAAAGUUGUAGAUGAAACAUAAUGACAUUCAUGUGUUUGGCUAAAACUACAAAUGCGAAAAUUUGUUUUAAAAUUGUUUAGAUUCCUUUUUACUUUUUACUUUGUGACUCACUGUAUCUACAUUUUUUUCUCUCUUUUUUUUGCAUGAUGGUGUAAUAAUCACAGCAUGAUUGUUUUUGCUGAACUGAAUUUGUUAUGCCCAGAGACCCCGUGUCUUUAUUUUUGUACAUUGUUGAUUGAUGAAAUAUUUAUUAUCAUCCAGCGUCCCUGGAUGAAAUUUCAAUAAAACUGAAAUUAUGGAUCAUA